AUGGGGCAUUCGGGUGCUUCCAAGAUAGAUAAGAUAGUGAUAGAAGAAUCGACAGCUGCUCCUGCGCUUACUCCAAUCAAAAAGAAAGGAGUGAACAUGUGGUCUAGUUGCCGCGGAGCGAAAUAUAGACUUGCGGAAGAUGAAGUUCCGAGAAGAAUUAGGAGAAAUAACAGCUCCCAUUUGUGGCGGCAACUCAAUGGGGUGUGGAAGGAAGGCAUGAAGGGGAUCAUGUGGAUUUUGGGAGAUGGGAAAAAAACUCUGUUUUGGAAAGACGUAUGGACAGGGACCGGAGCACCUCUUUUGUCGGAAACCACAACACAAAUACCUCAGGAGAGUGUUAAUGCAAAAGUGGCAGAAUUUGUAGACCAAAAUGGACAAUGGAGGCGGGAGGAAUUUCUAUCUUACUUACCUGAGCACGCAUGGAAGGCUGUAGCUGCAGUCCCGCCGCCAACCUCUUCAUUCGGACCGGACAGAAUUGCUUGGAAGAUGACUGGAAACAGAAGAUUCUCGACAUCAUCAGCCCAUCAAAUGCUUUGUUCGGGGCAGUGGCAACCUGAGGAUCGAAAGUGGAAACUGGUUUGGAAAUGGCUAGGUUCAUGUCCCGCAGACUCUUCAAACCGAGCCCUCCACAUUCCUUGCUUCGAAUCAGACUAUCGGCUAUCGUAUGUAGCUUCCUGCAGUUCUGGUCAUCACCCCAAUUAG